AUGUCGACAUUAAGUGACUCAGGCUUUGAAGAGGAUCUUCAGAGUUCUCCGGCAGUUAAGCAGUGGACAGUAGAUUCAAGCAUCAGACUGACACUGGAGUGCGAUUAUGAAGAGUGUUGUUUCAUCAUUCAGAGACACAAUGAGCAACAGUUUCUGGCACAGAACUGUCUGGAUCAUCAACCGCAGAUAACUGCAGAGGCUCGCAGCAGACUGAUCAGCUGGCUCAUAGCUGUACACAGACAGCUCAAAUUGUCCUUUGAAUCAUGCUGUUUGGCUGUGAAUAUCAUGGACCGUUUUUUGAUCUCCACAUCAGUAGCUGCAGACUGUUUCCAGUUACUGGGAGUGACAUCUUUGCUGAUUGCAACUAAACAAGUUGAAGUGUGUUCACCUCGCAUCAAAGAACUCCUCUCACUUUGCUGCAACUCUUUUUCCAGAGAACAACUAUGCAAUCUCGAAUGCCUUAUUCUUCUCAGACUCAAUUUUAGACUGGUUGCACCUACCCUUGCAUUCUUUCUGGACUAUUUCACCAGUCGUGGCUUUCCUGGUCAUCAAACUAGUGGACACUUGGGAAAGACCAUCCCUACGCAGGAUCGAAAUAUAUAUAAUGAGCACAGAGCUGCUGUGGACCAGCAUUCCAGUGAAAAGAGGUUAAAGUGGUUGGCUUGCAAAGUCUGUGAACUGAGUUUGGCAGACUACACGUUUAACAAGUAUAUACCUUCUGUGAUUGUACAGUGUGCUAUGAAAUUGGCAAAAGAUCUGCUGACACCUUCAGUUCAAUCAACGGACAACAAUAGCUCUAAGACAUUUCAUUCAUUCUGUUUUGAAGAAAACCUGCUACUUACCUUCGAGAAUCAGGUUUUAUUUCAACAAUGCACUGAAGAUCUGAAAUUGUUAGUUUCUCUUAAUCAAGAUGCAGUCCAAGACUUUGUAACACUAUAA